GUGACUAUGAGGGUCGACGCCGUGGGAGUGAGAUCGGUGCUGCGACGGAGGCGAGUCGCUAACUGCUUGCUGCUCACCACCGCGUCACUCACCCUCCUCGGCUUCUUAUUCCUCACCUCGUCAAGAUCCGUCGAUCCCUCACCUUCAUCCUCCCACCAAGUCCCCAUCGAUUUCGCCGCCUUCCUCGCCGACGACACUGCUCCCGUCUCCGGCGACUUUCGAGGGAACACAACAUGCGCAACAGUGGAAGAUAUGGGAGAUGUCUUCCGCCAGGGCUCACCCGACCAACAACGAGCUGCUGCUCUCGCACUCAGAAAUACCAUCCGGAAUCACUUUGCCAUCAAUGGUGCAUCAAAAGUGAGGAGACUUCCCCCAAAAGAGUUCUGCAAACAUGGAUUUGUGUUGGGGAAGGCAUCAGAAGCAGGUUUUGGGAACGAAAUGUACAAAAUUUUAACUGGGGCUGCACUCAGUGUCAUGCUCAACCGCUCUCUCAUUAUUGGCCAAACCAGGGGUAGGUUUCCCUUUGAGGAAUUCAUCACUUACUCCAAUGUUGCCUUCACCUUGAGUGAAAUAAAGCAUCUAUGGAGACAGAACGGCUGUUUGAGUCAAUAUGGAAGGCAUCUAGUAAUGAGAAUCGAUGAUUUCCAGAAGCCAACACGAACUAAUGUUCUUUGCAGCAAUUGGAUGGGAUGGAAACAGCCUAUCAUAUGGUAACAAAACACACCACGCUAGCUACAAUGCCAAAUCCAAAUGAUGAUGAUGAUCUGAUGCAGUACACACGCAUUUAAAUGGAGACAUUAAGAAUUUCAAAGAAUAAUAAAUGGCUGACUUCCUUAGCUUUGCAAUUAGGUUACAAAACACAACAGAUGCUGUGGCCGCUCAGUUCUUUUUAAAGAAUAUUCAUGAUGAUACAAGGACAGCUGCCACUGAUUUAUUUGGGAGACCUGAGGAUCUUCACUAUAGGCCCAAUGUUUUUGGGGAGUUAAUGCGAAUUCUGAUAUCUCCUUCAGAAUUUGUGCAACAUGCUGUGAGCUCUAUACUUCAGGAAGGUGGUAGUGAUGGUGCUGACCCUGAUAUUGCUCUUCAUAUGCGAAUGCUCACAAACAGGUCCGUGAGAGCUGUAAGGGCGGCAUUGGAGUGCAUUAGAAAAGCCGUAAAUGAUCUUCAACUGAUUACCAAACCCAGAGUUGUUAUAGUUUCAGACACGCCUUCUUUUGUGAAAUUUAUUGCUCCAUACUUGGAUGAGUUUGCUAAGGUUUUGCACUUUGAUUACAAACAUUUUGAAGGAAACUUAUCCCAAUACACAGGCAAAUCUGCUACUGUGAGCUUUAGAGAGAAGGAUUGGGGCCCAGCCCCGAGAUGGGUUGCUUUUGUUGAUUUUUUUCUUGCUUCACGGGUAAAACAUGCUGUUGUUUCUGGGGCUCACCGGCGCGUUGGGACUACAUAUGCUCAACUGAUUGCAGCAUUGGCUGCAGCUCACCACCUUGAGGAUGACUCCUCUAAUGGCUCGAGUUUUACUUUCCUGAGUAGCUUCCAAAGGAACCUGGUGUCUGAUGGGUUGAGGAAUCAGAUUGGGUGGGGACACGUAUGGAACAGAUUUGCAGGGCCAUUGAGUUGCCACGGUCAAUCAAACCAAUGCGCGUACACACCAAUCCUUCCACCUGCUUGGUGGGAUGGCAUGUGGCAGUCUCCCCUUCCACGAGAUAUUCGCAGGAUGGAAGCCUAUGGCAUCAAACUUUCUGGGUUUGGGACUUUUGACGUUAAUCAACUCCAAACGUCCUGUAAUUCCAGGAAGGAAUCGGUUGUAAGUGUCACUCUAAUUUAGAUUUUAUUUAGGACCUAAAAUAGUAUAGAUUCUUUUUUUUGUUGUUGUUGGAGAAUGCUACUACAUGUGUACAUGUAAAUGACACUUAACUAAACUCGCAUCACAGUCGAAAUUUUGAAAUACAAUUUUGUCUGUUUACAUGUAAUAUGUGAAACAAACAAGAUUUGUUUCGUUCAAAAUUUGUGAUGCAAUGUAAGUAUGGUGUAAAUUUGGUGCAUACGUAGCAUUUCCCUUUUUAAAAAAAUUACUUAUAGAUGGGUAUGCAGGGCAGUGCAUGACACUCAUUUACCGAGUAGGCAAUUUGAUUCAUCAUGUAUAUCGUUGAGUUGCCAGCAUGGAAUUAUUAUUAAAUACUCCGUGUAUGA